AUGUUACAAGAGGCAGUAAAUGAUAGAGAAAAUGGACUUUUAGAGAAAAUUAUCCAAUUAGAAGCAGAAUUAGCAGACUUCAAAGAAGUAAAAAAAAGAUUAGAAAAAGAAGCGGUUGAGAAAAUAAGACAAGGGAAAACAGUAGAUAGUAAAGCAAUAGUAGACUUAAAACAAGCCAAGGAAAGAAUAAACGAAUUAGAAUACCAGAUAAUAGAACUAGAACAAAAUAGGGACGAUUUUAGAAAUUU